GGCGAUUAGUCGAAGUGCAACUACAGCCGCCAGCGGACGUGGAAUAAAUCGCACAAUAAAUUUACAUACCGAAGCCAUAAUCAAGUGACAUCAUCAUGAGGUCAUCGUGUCAGCUGCUGCUGUCCCUGACUGUUCUGCUGGCCAUCUGCUCCCUGGGCCAGGGACAAUUCAAGACUUCGGGCAUAAAGACGCGCCAGCCGCCAUCGGGAAACCUCCAGCUCUCGGGAAAUAGUACUGAGUUUGGAUGGAGUAGCUACAACCAGAGCAGUUUUGGCUGGAACAAUCAGAACCAGAGUAACUACGGCUGGGGAAACCAAAACCAAGUGGGCCAGGAAUCCAGCUGGGGCAACCAAAACCAAGUGGGUCAUCAGGGAUCUAGCUGGGGCACCCAAAGCCAAGUGGGCCAGGAAUCCAGCUGGGGUAACCAAAACCAAGUGGGUCAUCAGGGAUCUAGCUGGGGCAACCAAAACCAUGUGGGCCAGGGAUCCAGCGGAUUCGUGCCUGCCGAGACUUACCAACCCUCCACAUUGCCACCACUUUUUGGACACUAUGUCCAGCCGGUUAAUCCGCCGGUUCAUCGGGCCCAAGUCCUCGAUGAGACGGCCCUGUUCAUCAACAAAACCCGAUCUGCCAUGGCCAGCGGUGUGUGCUUCAAGGACGUUCCAACCUCCUCGCUCCUCCGCAACUCCCGGGAUCAGUUCGUGGGCAACGGCACCUCUCCGGACAUGAGUCGCAUCCAGGUUUGCUGCGAGGGCUACGAGCGGAACCCGCACAUUUACCGCCGCUGCGAGCCGAUCUGCGCCGACGACUGCCACAAUGGCAUCUGCACCGCUCCGAACACCUGUGUCUGCAUCCCCGGUCACGUUCGCACCUCCGAGGGCAAGUGCAUCUCCACCUGCCCGCUGGGCUGCGGCAAUGGGGUGUGCGACGACAAGAACGAGUGCAAGUGCCGCGAGGGAUAUUCGCUGGAGCCGGAGAGUCGCAAGUACUGCCAGCCGGAAUGCAAUCCGGGCUGCACCUUCGGACGCUGUGUGGCGCCCAACAAGUGCGCCUGCCUUGAAGGAUACCGCCUGGCCGCCGACGGAUCCUGCGAACCGGUCUGCGACAGCUGUGAGAACGGAAAGUGCACGGCUCCAGGACGCUGCAACUGCAACGGUGGCUACCUCAAGCUCCAAGGUCGCUGUGAGCCCAUCUGCUCGAUACCCUGCAAGAACGGACGCUGCAUUGGCCCGGACAUCUGUGAGUGCACUUCCGGCUUCGAGUGGGACCGGAAGUCGGCCGAGUGUCUGCCCAAGUGCGACUUGCCCUGCCUGAAUGGCGUCUGCGUGGGCAACAACCAAUGCGAGUGCAAGACGGGAUAUGUGAGGGACGAGCACCAGCGAAACAUCUGCCAGCCCCAUUGCCCCCAAGGCUGCCAGAAUGGCUUCUGCAGUGCCCCCAACUUCUGCAUUUGCCGGCCGGGAUUCAUCAAGAGCGGCAUCAAGGGACGCCAGACCUGCCAGGCCGUCUAAGUUAGACCUCCAAUCUGUUUUUAUUGUUUCUUCUUAGAUCAAAAAUUAAAUAGACGCCCAAUCAGGGCAUUAAACUCGUAA